AUGUCUACGUCUCACACUGUUCCCAGGAAGCCGAUAGGAUCUCCGAGUAGUGAGGAACCUGCUCCGACUGAGGCCCAGACGAGUCUACUUUCCGAUGAGGGCAGCGAAGACGCCGUCCGUAACGAACAACGCCUGGUUACUGCCGACAAGGAGGCUCUCGUAGCACCCAGAACACUUCAUGGAUUCCCUCAGUCACCCGGCAACACUGACAAGCGUCGACGAUCCUUCCGACCGAUAUCUACCUGGUGGCAAGAGGCCUUGGCCAUAGUACUGUUGCUGGCCUCGUUGGUCGCCUCGUUCGCAACACUAUAUCCCUAUCAAGACAAUCCGAUACCGGAAUGGCGGUACUCGAUCACGAUUGGUGCCCUUUUAUCGUUGUAUUCGGUCAUUCUGAGACUAGCUGCUACCUUUCUGCUGUCACAAGGCAUUGCGCAGUCGAAAUGGCACUGGUUCAACGGUAGUCCAAAGCCUUUACACGAUAUGGUUUUGCAUGACAAUGCAUCUCGCGGACCAAUGGGCGCAUUUGGACUGUUGUACAGGCUCGCUCUUCCGGUAACAUGGCAAUGGCUGGGCUGCAUGCUGGCUAUAGUAGCUUUGCUGGUUGGUCCAUUCACUCAACAGGUCCUGCAGUACGAGACAUGCGCUGUGCUGGAUCUUGAAGCCGAGGCCGUUAUCACUCGGGCUUCAGCAUACGUUGGGCAAAUCGUGGUCUUAGAGCAGGUCGACCCGGGCGUCUGGAUCGAUGAUGGAUUCCUUUCCUUCCAAGAGCAAGCUUCGUUCCUCGCCGGGCUCUACUCGCCACGUGCCGUGCCCAGUUCUUGCAGUACCGGCAACUGUACUUUUGCACCAUACACUACCGUGGGCUUUUGUAGCAUUUGCGAGGAUCUUUCCUCAAAUGUUCAGACUGAAACGAUCGAGGAGUAUGCUCCUUAUGGAGCAACAUCCAACAAAACAAUUACCUCUCUCGGUAUUGUUCACGAAGGUACCGACUUUUACGUCGGCGGUGUCGCCACUCCAUACAUCAAUAUGACUUUGCAGGUGAACUACACAAGCUUGGAUAGAGUCGAUCGAUCAGGAAGACCCGACUCAGCAUUCUUGCGAAAGGACGUAGCCACUAAUUUCGUUAUAGAUGACUCGUAUUAUGUACUGAUCGGUCUUGCUGAAAAACCUUGGGAUCGCAACACUGGCAAGGCUCCAGAAGAAUGCACGGAUACAACAAAUGAUAAUACAUGGCGUUGCCAGGGGUACGGAGCUGCAAAGUGCUCGAUAUCUCCCUGUCUAAGAACAUACAAUUCGACCGUUAUCAACGGACGACUGCAUGAGCAACUAGUUGGCCUAGAGACCGAAGCACUGAAGUCCUCUGACGGUCGUUGGUUUGAUGAACACGCUUAUGUGCAGGCGGCUUUGAACUUGUCGUGUAUCAACGAAGAUGAUCGUGUGCUUUUGCGCAAUCGCAGUUACGACCUGGACAUUGAGGGUGUGUGGCUACCUUACAACUUCACCUCCAGGAGACAGGGUGACACGCGCAACUCUUGGGAUAUCCUCAAGGAUAAAGCUUCCCCAGAACGAGGCUUCAUAGAACGGGGUUGUGUUUAUGUCGUCGAUUACGACUUCACAAGGUACCUCUACGCCUGGUUGCAAGGGCAGCACUCGGGCAGCCUCUCAGGCUUGGAAUCUUCCGGGGACCAAAGAGCUAUGAUUGCUAUGAACGGCUCCCAGCUACUGGAGUCCAUCUGGAACCAUGGCGAUUUUAGUUUGGAACGUACAGGAAUGCUUUUUGACAACAUGACUUUGUCCUUAACUAACUACAUGAGGACUAAUCCUGGAUCACCUUGGAGAACGACGCAUGUUCGUCUGAAUGGAAUCAAGCCCAAUGCCACGGAGGAAAUGAAUGAUGAUUAUGUCGAUGCCGCCGGUCUUUACCUGCCAACGUUCGGACAAGCCUGGGCUACGAAAACUUGCGCUCGCAUACGCUGGCUCUGGCUGAUUCUUCCUGCAAUCGUCACCAUCUUCACCCUCGUCUUCUAUGGAGGAGUACUAAGCAGCGCUCGCGCCCUCCCCGAAGAUGUUCGAACAUGGAAGACUUCGCCCUUGCCCUUCAUGUUCUACGGCCCAGGUGGAACAGACGAAUCUCGACAACAGGAAUGGUUCAAUGCCAGCUCGCAACAUGUGGAUGAUAUGGAUGCUGCGGCACGCAAAAUACAUCUGAAGCUGGAUCGUGAUGAAGCUGGAAUGGCGUUUUUCAGGAAGAGAGGGGCAGUUGUGGAUGCUGAAAAGAGUUCUUUGACUUCGGGAUCGGAUGCUGUGUUGUGA